CCAAUGGUUGAUUGCUCUGUGCAUUGCUGUCGUUUCGGUGAAUAUUAGUGUGUUGUACUAAUGAAGUGAAUAUUUUGGAAUAAAAAUCAACGUUAGUAUAGAAAUAAAUAGACAGCAGAUGUGACUGAUAGUGAAAGCGAACAUUACUCGAUCAAACGAGUUAUUUAUCACUGGAUAAACAGUAACCAAGUACAAAAAAACAUUGAGAAAAAAAGGUUCUUGUUAUCGUAGUGAAUAGUGUGUUCCAUUAGUCACACGGUUCAUGUAAACAUUAUAUUUGGGCUUUGCGUUCUUACAAACUUUAUCUAGUUAUAGAAAUUACUGAUUAAAGUUCAAAAUACACUAUUAAUUGCCAACGAAUUUUUACAACAUUUACGAAUGUUCAUGGUCUCAUGAAAACCUAUAUGAUCUAUAAAUUAUGAUUUUUUACCAUCGCAAUAAACAUAAUCAGAAUUUAUGAUUUUGUCAUAAUUUAUUGUUUACCUCUUUAUGUAAAUAACCAUGGACCAACAGAAUAUGGAUAUGAAUCCGAAUAAUUCAUCAUCAGAAGCUGUUCUAAUUGAAUCAGCGAUAGCUGACUCCGAAAAUGAAAAAUCCUUAAACAAAGAUUUAAGGGUUGAUUCAGGGGUUUUCUCGCCAUUAGAAAAUACCAUAGAAAUGGAAGAUUUAGAAAAAAAUGAUAUAUCUAACAGUAAUAAUGUCCCUGAAAAUAUAGAAACAGACAAAGUUAGUGCAGGCGAAAAUGGAGGAAAAAAUAACGCUGAAAAAAAUGGUGAAAAACUGAAUAUUAUCCAACAAAAAAUAGACGCAUAUCAGGUAAAUCUUAAAAAGGAUGGUAGUGAAGUUGCAAAUAUAUCAAGAGAUGAAGAUAGUGAAGAUGAUAGUGAGUUAUUAUUGUUAAAGGAUUCUUCAGAAGAUGAAGUGAGUGCUGUUAUUGAAAGCCCAAACGAUGAUAACAAGACCAAAGAUACGCAAUCACCUAACAAGAAUGAAAAUUCAGAGAAAGCAGAAGUGACGUCAUUGUCAGAUAAUAGUACUGAAGAAAUAGUUGAAGACACUAUAGAAAUGAUUGAAAAAACAAUCAUGAUUCCUACCGAGUUUGACAGUACUGCAGUAAUUAGUAUACAUAAUGACAACAUAGCGAUUGUAUCGGAAGAAAAAAUAAUGGACGGUAGUAUUAAUGAGCAUACGACCGAAACAGUAGAGUUUAACGUAAUUGAGUAUACAGAUGGGGACGGUAAUCAAGAGCUUAAAUUUGAAAAGGUAGAGUCAAGUAAACGUGUUGAAUCGGCUCCAGAAGUCCGAGAAGUAGUUCGAAUGUCAGGGAGAUCUAGUGAAAAUAAAAUUGAUGAACUAUUACAAAAAGUAACAAAGAGUGAAAACGUAGUUAUUGAUGAUAGUGCAAAAAUGGGAAACGGUGAGUGUAAUUCUGAAGAACAUUCGAAGAAAGGUCCUAAAAAGGAAGAAAGUGAAACGAUAUCAAGUCCAGAAAAAAAGCGUAGUGUCAUAGAGAGUAUCUAUGAUGACUGGAUGGAUGAAAAUCCUGAAGAAGACUUUAGCGGUUAUAAUUUUAAAUCUGACGAUGAUGUUGAAGAAGAAUUAAAAAAUUUAUUGGAUGACAACAAAAGUAUAAAAACAGAAGUUAAAAUUCAAAAUUCAUCAAAUUCUCCCAAAAAAUAUUCUUCAGGUACACCAACAAUGGCAAUUACGAAGUCAGAAGAAUCAUCUAAAACAAGCACUCCUUUAAAAAUGAAAAAAGAAAUUUUAAUUAAAAAAUCACCCAUUCAUACGUCACCUAAAAUGAUAGGAUCAUUCUCAGAUUCUUCGGAAUCCAAAAAUUCAGUAAAAAAAUUAUUGCUUACAUCAAAAUCUGGAGUAAAAUCCGAUCUAGUCUUAAAUCCUUUAUCGACGUCGGAUGAUGCAUCAAAGGUCUUCAAGGACAUAAAAAGUAAAGACUUUAAAAUUUCAUCUAAGGAGAUAAUUAUUUUAAAAAAAGGGAAACCGAAACCGGAAUGUAAACUGUCUCCAAUUUCGUCUCCAGUAACUCCUGUAAUAGGAUCAGAUGGCGCUGAAAAGACUACGGAAAUUGAAACUAAAACUAGUGGAGAUAAAGAACUUAUAGCUAUUCUCGAAGGAGAUGUAGAUCCUGAUUGGUCCGACUUAAAACCUCCAAUGCUUCAGGAUGAAGCUAAAAAUAAUGACAUAAUUAUUGAACAUACUUCGCCACCGAAAUUAGAUCCAUUGAUUGAACGAGAGCUUGCUUUAAAACAGUUGUUGGAGCUCCCUUCGACGCCUAAAAAAGCAUCUCCAAAAAAAAAGUUGUCUCCGGUAAAAUCGCCGGUAAAAAAUAGGCUGAAAGAAGUCACAAAAGAAUCGGAAGAAACGUCAAAAACAGUUGUCAAUAUCGAUUUAGUGGAAAAAGAAGCUGAUGACGCAACAGAACAAAAGGAAGAUGAAUUAAUAUCGAUAGAUUUAACUAUUUCCGAACAAUCUGAUCAAACAAAAGCAGACAAAAUAGAUGAAACAAGAUCUGGAAGAAAGAGAAAGCCAACAGAAAAAGCAAGAGAACAUGAAAUUAGUGCAAAACGACAGAAGAUUAUGAAAGGAAAACCUACAACAAAAAAAACAAGAAUUGAAAAUUCUUCUUCUGAGUCACAAGAUAUUGAUGAUCAUAUUUCUAGUACCGAAGAAGUUUCUACAGCCAGUGUAGAAACGGAUAAAAACCAAAAUAUGAAAACUUCUGAAAAAUCAAGUGAUGUAAAAGAAAAAGAAACUGAUGAAAAAAUAGAUUCAUCUGAAGUUCCUGAUGAUUCAACGAAGAAAUCAAAAGAAACUCCAGUAAAGAAAACUACUCAAUCAAAUGCAAAGAAAAAAGUUGUCCGUCCGAAAGUACAAGCAACGAAAAAAUCAUCGUCGAAAAAUGUAAAUAAAAAACCAGUGACAAAAGUUACAAAAGCUACUAAAAAGACACCUGAAAAUUCUACUACUGAACCUAAACCUAAGAAAAAAAAUGCUGAAAUAGAUCGUCUUCUUCAAGAUGAAGGAGUUGUCAAUUUACUUUAUGAUGUUGAACAACCUGGCAAAAAGCGUUUGGUACCAGUUACCAAAUCACACGCAAAGGUCAUGGACAUGCAAAAGAUUCAACGUGAGUUAAAGAUCAGAACAAAGCUUGUAAGGAAUGCAGUUUUAAGAUUACGGACUUCUAGUACGACUCCAAGUGCUGUUACGUCGAGAUCUAAACGAUCAAUCCAUGGGAAUGAUCAACAACAAUCAGCACAAUCAUCUCCAAUCGAGAAAAAAACUCAGGAGACAUCAAAAUCACCCAGAUCGUCGAUCAGUUCUUCGUCUGAGUUUAUUUUUCCUGCUAAGAUCAGAAGUGCCCAUGAAUCGAUAAUAGUUCGAAGACAUUCAUCAAGUUCUUUUUCAAGUGCUUCAGGAAGCCCUCGAGUUAGUGUAGACACAGCAGACAGACAAAGUUUAGAUCCAAAAAUGGAUGAAAACCAUGCAUUAAGAUCCAACAAAAGAAGACUAUCACAAGAUGACAAGAAAAAAGCAAGUAAUGAUGCUAAAAGAAUGAAAAAAGAUGACAGUAAAGUCAAUGAAGCAUCCCCAACAAUAAAAAAUAAAACUAUUGCUGCUGGAAAAGCAGGAAAAAAAGUCGAGACAAAAAAGGCGAAGAAUUCGAAACAGGAAGUUGAAGAGAGUGAAGUCACGCCUAGUAAAAAUGCAAAAAAUAAAAAAGUUGCCAGAAGUAAAGUAUCUUUUGCUAAAGAAAAUGAUGACGAAGAUAUUGAUGAACCCACAGAGAAAGAUGAUGCUUUGUCUGCAUGUCUAGCAGAAGCUGUAACAGCAUUAGCAAACGAUAACUCAGUACGCACGCGAGCUGGAAUCGUCAAUAGAAAAAUAAAAACGCGAGGGUCCGAUGUGGAAAGUGUUAAAGCAAAAGAUAAGGUUCAAUUCAGUAAUAAAGAGAUAAUUGUACAACGGCAUGGGAAUUUCGUUCAAUUGAUACUGACGCCGUCGACGUCAUCUAAAAUUAAAAAUGGACUCACGCUGCAGAUUAUGCAGGAGUUUCGUGACGCUCUAACGAUUCUAAAAAAAGACGACGACUGCAGGGUUGUAUUGUUGACUUCUACAGGCUCAAGUUUCUGCGAAGGUCUCGAGUUAUCUACGUUAUUGCAUGAUAAUAAAGAUGCACGACGCGCACAUGCUCAGGAACUUGCUAAUGGGGUCAAAGAUUUCAUCAAAAGCCUUGCAACAUUCAAUAAACCAAUUGUUGCUGGAGUUCAAGGAUCAGCUGUAGGAUUGGGAGUUACGAUGCUUCCUCUAUUUGAUCUUGUAAUAGCCAGUGAUAAGGCUUCUUUCAGCACUCCGUAUGGAAAAUUAGGACAAAUUGCUGAAGGAGCUGCUGUUUUUACACUCUCUCACGUUCUUGGUAGUGUUGUGACAAAUGAACUUUUAUUGGGUGGCAGAACUUUAACAGCAAGUGAAGCACUUAGAGCAGGACUUGUAACAAGAGUUCUUUGGCCUGAUCGGUUCCAAGUGGAAUUACUGCCUUUUCUACGAGCCAUGAGUGAGCAGUCUGCACAGUCGAUGGUUGCUACAAAGGCACUUCUCCGUCACAGUUUGCGUAAAAAACUUGAUGCUGCUUUGGAGUCUGAGAGUUACGUUUUGAUCCAACACUGGUGUUCACAAGAAUGUCAAGAAGCAAUAAGAACGUAUUUGGAUGAAAAAGUUAAUUAAAUUUGUCUGGUAUGAUAUGAGAAAUUUUUGAAAUUAAAAAUGAAUAGAUAUUAAAUCUAUUUCAAUGUCAAUGAAUAAAAUCGUGAGAAUGGAUGAAAGAAAAAUGUGAAGUGAUGUUGCGCUAUUGUACAUUGCAUUCGAAAUUCAAUGGUAUAGAAUCCGUGAGCUGUGAAAAGAUAAAUACUAGACCUAUGUAUUAAAUUUUUUAAAUGAUUGGAAAUGCAAUAAGUAAUGUCACAAAGUUACUGGCUAACAAAAAAUAAAUAAUUGCCUUUUACCCGUGUCGAUCUCGGAGUAAACCGUUGUAUUAAAGACUAACCAGUGAAAAAUAAAAAUAUUGCGUAUAUUAUUUAUUUUCAUUGUAUUGAGUUAAAAAAUUAUCUGCUAACUUUAUUAAAACUAUUAAUCACCAAUUUUUUCGUUUUGAUAGCCAGACUAAAAAUGUGAAUAAGCAUAUUUAUAUUACUAAAAUAAAAUUAGAUACAAAAUGGAUAAAAUUAUUAUAUCAAUCAGUUAUUUUACACGUAUGCUUUUACAUGUAUGCGUUCACGUUUCUUUAUUAUAUUAUGAUUAUUAUAAUUAUUAUCAAUGAGUAAUGAUUAUCUUUGAUAAAAGAUAAACGUAAAGAAUAAAAUCAUUAUUAAAUACCUACAUGUUCUUUAAUAAUUUAGUUUUACCGUAAUAAAUUCGAGUUAUAAUUUUCUGUAAUUAAAUUUUUUUUUUUGAAUAAAUGAUUAUAUAACAUAUUUGAAAAUUAAUAAAUUUUGAUUAUUGAUAUAAACACAAAAAUAUAAAGCCGGUUAUCUGUAAUGAAUAUUUUAAUUAUUCUUCGUUAAUGAUUAAUUUAGUUGUGUGGUAAAGCACUUUGUGUAUUCUAUUGCAGUAAGAUAAAUAGAUUUCGUUAUUAAUUAAUGUAAUAAGUUGUGUUUUAAUUGGUGUGUCAACGAUAUUUCGAGAAUCAGACACUAAAAACAGAAAUGUUAAAUGUUAAUACUGAUUACAAAGAUGUAGUGAUAAAAAAAGAGUUUAUAAUUUUUUGAUGAAAUUAAUAAUAUUCUCAUAUGUAUGAGAUGUUUGUGGAUAAAUGAUGGAAUGAAAAAGGACACAAAAAUGUGUUAUUUCAGAUAACGGUUUAAAACACAUGUAUUAUUGAUAAAUAUAAAACCCGUACAAAUAUAAAUGAAAUAUUCACAAGCCAA